ACAUAUGUACUUGAUAUCGCGAGAAACAACGUUCACUAAGUUCAACAAUCGCAGCUCAUGGCACACGCGACUGUCAGCUCCUCCGCUGAGGCAAAUAGGCAAGAUAAAAAAAAUGCAAGUGAAAAUAUCGCCUGUACCUCAAUGGAUUAUUCAGUGUCAUCAGCUACGAAGCAACCCUUACCACCGGACGGAGGAUGGGGCUACAUCGUAGUUCUAGCAUCCUUUUUAAUCCAUGUAAUUGCGGAUGGAGUGACAUAUUCGUUCGGUGUUUUUUAUUUAGAACUUCUGUAUUAUUUCGAGGAGGGAAAAGGUGCAACUGCAUGGAUUGCGUCGAUAUUAGUCGGUGUUACUUUGUGCUCAGGUCCGAUAUCAAGUUUAUUCGUAAAUAAAUUUGGAUGCCGGGCUGUAACUAUAGCUGGUUCGAUAUUGGCCAGUGCAUGUUUAUUGGCGAGUAUGUGGGCCCGAAAUAUUAUAACAUUAUACUUUACGAUCGGCAUUGGAACAGGACUAGGUUUUGGAUUGAUCUAUUUACCUGCGAUUGUCAGCGUGACAUGUUACUUUGAAAAGUAUCGGUCCCUUGCAACGGGAAUCGCAGUAUGCGGUUCUGGUUUAGGCACAUUAAUUUUUGCACCUUGCUUAGAUUACUUUAUAGCGACAUACGGAUGGCGAGGAGCGAUUUUAAUUUGUUCUGGAAUCGUUCUGAACUGCACCGUUCUUGGAGCGCUUUUUAGGCCCCUUAAAACGGAUAAACGGAAAGAGAGAAGUUCUACAGAGAAAUCUUCACGUAAUAUGAAAAAUAAUCCUGAAGAAUAUUCCAAUAAUUUAUCUAACGAGGAACAAAGUAAAAAGAUAUACAGUGUGAGUUUUCGAAAGGAAAAUAAUCGUGCUGGUUUAAAGUCCCUGAGUCAACCUGUUUUGAUCUCAAAUAAUGUGAUACAAGACAGUUUAGAGAAUAUUCAUAAAGAGCACCCUAAUUUAAUGCAAGGAUAUAGCGAAGAAAUCUUUCAUAUUCAUAAGUCCUCUACAAGUUUACCUAAUAAAAUAGAUUAUAUAAAAGCUGGUAAUAAAGAAUUUAAAAUUAGUAUUGACAGAAAGCUCAAUGCCUUUCAAGAAGAUGUAACCAUUUCUCUGUUAAAAGAUCCAGUAUUUAUAUUAUUUACUUUCUCUAAUUUCUGCACCAGUAUUGGAUUUUAUGUACCAUAUAUCUAUGUAUUGCCUCAAGCUGAAGAACGAGGAAUUAAUAAAAAGGAUGCAAGUUAUCUUCUUGCAAUAAUCGGAAUUGCUAAUACAGUUGGUCGUAUAAUCUUAGGAUAUGUUUCAGACAAGCCAUGGGUUAAUCGACUAUUAAUAUAUAAUUUAUGUCUUACUAUAUGUGGCAUUUCUACAACUCUUAGUGCAUUCUGCACAUCUUUUGCCUCAUUCACACUUUAUUCCUCUAUAUUCGGAUUCACGUCUGGCGCUUACGUUGGUCUUACAUCUGUGAUUUUAGUAGAUUUAUUGGGUUUAAAUCGUCUCACAAAUGCUUUUGGACAGCUUUUACUAUUUCAAGGUUUUGCAUCACUUUUAGGACCACCCAUUGCAGGAUGGUUAUACGAUGUACUUCAAUCUUAUGAUCCUGGAUUUUUUACUGCUGGUGGGAUGAUAACUAUUAGUGGAUUAAUUUUAUUUUUUAUACCUACAAUUCAACAAAAAAUUCAUAAAAAUGUAAAUACUCAAAGAACUAAAAAUAUAAUAAAUAAUUAAUUUGUCCAAAAUA